AUGUUGUCAUAUACUCAAAUUAUUUACGUUACAGGUUUUGUUCUAUGCGUUUUAUGCUACGAUCAUGUAUCAUCGCUUGAAACAACAUCAAUAUUUGAUCAAGCAGAACAGUUAUCUGAUUUAACCAAAGAUCAUAAACCAUUACAUGUAAUUCUGGGAUUAUCUAAACGACGUGCCGAUUCCAACAGCCGUAUUGCCCUACCUCUUUUUCGUGGUUCCAAUUUGGGUAUAUUUGUUCGAAAACGUCCACGUGCUAAUUAUUCAAUGAAAAAACGAGCAGAGAGACUUGCUGAUUCAUCUUUAGUUGAUGAAGAUACUUUUAGCGAUCUGUUAGUGAAAAAUUAUCGUCGUCAUGAGUAUGAUGAUUCAGCUGGUCCAAUGUUCGGAUGA